CAGAUAGAGAAAGGCAGAGAAAACGAGAAAGUAGGCGGCAAGCAAGCCAAGCUCAACGGGAGAGGGAGCGGCAGAGAGCUAGAGAAAGGAGACGAAACUGCUCUGACGAGCAGCGAGAGAGGGAGCAAGAGAGAAACAGAGAAAGGAGGCGCAAUUUUACUGACGAGCUACGGGAGAGGGAGCAAGAAAGAAGCACAGAAAGAAGGCGCAGUUUUACUGACGAGCAACGGGAGAGGGAGCAAGAACGAAACAGGGAAAGGAGGCGCAAUUUUACUGACGACCAACGGGAGACGGAACAAGAAAGAAGCACAGAAAGAAGGCUCAGUUUUACUGACGAGCAACGGGAGAGAGAGAGAGAAAGAAAGAAACAAAGAACUGAGGCGCAAUUUCACUGACGAGCAACGGGAGAGAGAGCAAGAAAGACGCAGAGAAAGGAGGCGAAAUUUCACUGAAGAGCAACUGGAUAAUGAACGAGAAAGAGUAA